ACCAAUCAGGACGCCUGCUAGUCUUGCAGCAAGAGUGGAAAUUUAACCUGGACCGAAUUACAGAGAACACCCCGCUGCAAACUCUCGUGUCUGUGCGAAAACAGACAAUAGUCAUUACUUUCCCCGCUGGCAUAGUUUCUAAUGAUCACAUUAGGGAUCCGUUCAGAGCAAUGACAAUGUUGGGAAUGUAUGUGCCAGAUAGAUUUGCUUUGAAAUCGUCUAAUGUCCAGGAUGGAAUCGGGCUUUACACGGCGAGACGAGUGAAAAAGGGGGAAAAGUUUGGCCCUUUUGCUGGAGAGAAGAAACUACCGAGUGAGCUGGAUGAGAGCACAGACACCAGACUGAUGUGGGAGGUCCGAGGUAAUAAAGGCGAUGUGCUCUAUGUUUUGGAUGCCAGUAACCCUCGCUAUGCCAACUGGCUGCGUUUUGUCCAUCAGGCGCCAUCACAAGAGGAGAAGAACCUGGCAGCAAUCCAGGACGGAGAGAAUAUAUUCUACCUGGCAGUGGACGACAUUGAGACAGACACAGAGCUGCUGAUAGGCUACCUGGACAGUGAUAUGGAGGAAGAGUCAGAGGAGGAGGAAGAGGAAAUCAUCAAAUAUGAAGAUGAAAACAGCAAAGAUGCCAAACAUCUCGUUGAAAUGGAGCUGGUGAUCAAGAAGGAGGACCACCCGUGCCUGCUGUGUGAGAGCAGCUUCCCUAGCGAGGAGAUCCUAGCAGCCCACCUCCAGAGCCUGCACCAGAGACCCAGUACUGAGGAGAAAGAGUACAAGUGCAGGAACUGUGGCAAGAAGUUCCCCAUCAAACAAGCCCUGCAGCGCCAUGUUCUGCACUGUGCAGAGACCCUGGGUCCUUCAGGAGACUCUUCCAGAGCACACCACCAGUGUUCCCUCUGCUACAUCACCUUCAGCUCAGAGUCCAGUUAUGACCAGCACAAGGAGGCGUGUAGAGGAGACGCCAGGUUCAUCUGUAAGGCUGAGAGUUGUGGGAAGAGGUUCAAGAGCAAAGACUCUCUGAAGAAACACAAAGGGAACGUCCACACAGGAAGUUCCAGGCGGAAACUCAUGUGCACCAUCUGCAACAGGAAAUGUUCCUCCUUACUGAACCUCCAGGAACAUCGCAAGGUACAUGAGAUAUUCGACUGUGCUGCCUGCGACAAGAAAUUCAUCUCGACCAAUCAGCUCAAGCGCCACAUGAUCACUCACUCAGAGAAACGUCCGUAUACCUGUGAGAUCUGCAAUCGUUCGUUCAAGCGUCUGGACCAGGUGACGGCCCAUAAGAUCAUCCACAGUGAGGAAAAGCCCUACAAGUGUAAGCUGUGUGGGAAGGAGUUUUCCCACAGGAACGUCUACAAGAACCACAAGAAGACUCACUCAGAGGAGAGGCCGUUCCAGUGUGAGGAGUGCAAGGCCCUGUUCCGCACCCCCUUCUCUUUACAGCGCCACCUGCUCAUCCACAACAGUGAGAGGACAUUUAAGUGUGACCAAUGUGAUGCCACCUUCAAGAGAAAAGACACGCUCAACGUGCACAUCCAGGUGGUGCACGACGGACACAAGAAGUACAAGUGUGACCUGUGUGAGAAGGCCUUCGUCACCCCCUCUGUUCUCAAGAGCCACAAGAAGACGCACACAGGGGAAAAGGAGAAGAUCUGCCCAUAUUGUGGACAGAAGUUUGCCAGCAAUGGAACUUUGAGGGUUCACAUCCGCAGCCAUACAGGUGAGCGCCCAUACCAGUGCCCCUACUGUGACAAAGCAUUCAGCAAGAAUGAUGGUCUGAAGAUGCACAUCCGCACACACACUCGGGAGAAGCCAUAUAAAUGCAGUGAGUGUAACAAGGCCUUCAGUCAGAAGAGAGGUCUGGACGAACACAUGAGGACCCACACCGGAGAGAAACCCUUCCAGUGUGAUGUGUGUGAUCUGUCGUUCAGUCUGAAGAAGAUGCUGAGCAGGCACAAGCUGACCCACAACCCCAACAGGCCCAUGGCAGAGUGCUCGCUGUGCCAUAAGAAGUUCACCAGGAAUGACUACCUCAAAGUACACAUGGAGAACGUUCAUGGAGAGACCGAGGGCUAAGGAACCCAUCUAUAUCAGACAGUUUACUAAAGAUAAAGAUACAGUAUACCAUAUUUACAAUGUUAUACACUUGCUAGGCAUUUCAUAUGUAGCAAUAAGCAGUGUUUUUUGCUAUUAAAUACUGUAUUUGCAAAUGCAGAAUAUGGAAAAGAUACAUUUAAAUAUUGAAACAAAUCCUGUACGUAUGAAUUAUGGAGUAUGAACAUUAGAUAUUAAAUUCACAGGGGUUUUUGGAUGAGGCACAAGACCCACACAGUUCUGAUCUGCUUCCAAACUGCCCUUAUCUCCCUGUUUGUAGUUUACAUUCAAUUUCAUUUUGAUAUGAAAGUUUGGGAUUGACAUUUCCAGACAAUGCAGCACAAUACAAUAACUAGCCUAGCUCAAAAAGUCUCUAUCCCACUGUCUGCAUCUAGGUUCCCACCUCGUGCCAACCAUACAGUGCCUUUGCCACCUCUGCUGAGGUGUCUUAGUCUGCCACAACUAUUGUGACCAGGUAAAAACUUUCCAAAGAGUUUCCAAGCCAAAGAUGUUUACCAAACACAGCCAGCCUACUCCCUUCCUCCAGCCCACACAUUGCCUGGAAAUGCAUUUCAUUACCGUUGUCAAAGUUACUGUUACGGUUUGUCAAAAGAAGAAUGUUUUUUAUGGUUAUUUCAUAUUCUGAGGGACCAAGUAGUUUCUUUGUGUUUACACUCCUGUUUUUGUAAUCCUGUAUGUUAAAUGGGAAAUGUAUUUAAUGGAUGGUGCAGUUAUGUUUGUUUCUCUGUAGAUUUUAUAUGACCAGACCAUAGCCUUCCUGUAUUCCACAGACUGUUACACAUUCCCUCUCUUUUACUAUUCAUCUCAAACUGUGAAUAAUUCACAUCACACUUCCAUGUUUUUACUUCAUAAAAACCUCAUUACCU